GGAGUGGUUGUUUGUAUGUAGAUAAGAUAAGGCUGCCCCACUCUGGAUCGUGGGAUAUCUCCCACCACUGCAGUUGCUGCUUGCAACUACCAGAGGACCACAACCUGACUUCUCCCCGAAUACAUGGCAUUUGCCCUCUUUUCCCAGCAUACGUCUCUUUUCCGUAUCAGCGGUGCACCGGGCCUCCAUGCCAAGGGCCUCAUUGCUGGCGAGAUCCAGGCAAUAGGAAGCAUUACGAGCUUGAUACCAGUGUUUGACAAAGCUUGUCGACUACGCCGAGGAGGCAACACGCUAAGGACUCACGGAGACGUGCUACCAUGGGUCCGUGAGCUGUUCUAUGCCAAGGACCAGCAAUCCUCGGAGCGUGGAAAGCGUAAGCGGCAAGCCUCCCUGUCAGAAAGCUUGCCUCCGAUUCAUAUCAAAGCCUUGUCUGCACGUUGCAAUCAGGACUCAGCUGGCUAUUCCGCCGUACCGGCUCCAGACACUCGAGGGGAGCCCGGCAUUCGUUAUGCCACUCUCCACCGUUACUGUGAAUGGCUUUGCGCACGGGCAACCGAUCCCGGAUGGAAAAGCGGUUACCGGGACGCUUGUGGGAGAGGGUCUCGAUCUCGAGCGGCUCUUCUCCGCCCAGGAUCUAGAAGCCAAGUCCGUUGUUGAGAGGGGGUAAAGCGAGGGAUUGCAAUCCAAUUUGUUAGCAAGGUCAAGGCUUGGCUAGAAGAGAAAAAAUAGGUAUAGCACUAUACGAUUCUAUUUCUACAGUAACAACACUAUCAUUCACGAGGAUACACAAUGGAAAUGCUAGAGUGAC